AUGCCCCAGGUACAGACACCAGACAUCGAUCUCAUGCAGGUGCUCGAGCAGGUCUCGCGAGAGAAGUCGAUCGACCUCGAACGCUGGAUCACUGCCCUCGAAGACGCGAUGGCCUCCGCGGCCAAGAAGCAGCAUCGCAUCAAGGAACCGGUGCGAGCCAACUUCGACCCGGAAACCGGCAAAUUCGAGGCCUUCAUCGUCAAGGAAGUGGUCGAGGAAGUCGAAGACCCCCUGGCCGAGUGGUCGGUCGAAGAGGCCCAAGCCGAGAAGGCAGACGCCGCCGUCGGCGAUGAGAUCCUGAUGCCGCUGUCGACCGAGGGCCUGGGCCGGAUUGCCGCCCAGUCGGCCAAGCAAGUGCUCUACCAGCGGAUCCGCGAGGCCGAGCGCGAAAAGAUCUUCAACGAGUACCACGAUCGGGUCGGCGAGAUCCUGAACGGCACCGUCAAGCGCUUCGAGCGCGGCGACAUCAUCGUCGACCUGGGGCGUACCGAAGCGGUGGUGCCCAAGCCCGAGCAGGCGCGUCACGAGCGCUACAGCCAGGGCGAGCGCAUUCGAGCGGUGAUCGUCGAUGUGCACACCCUACCCAAAGGGCCCCAGAUCGUCCUGUCGCGCACCGACCCCAGAUUGCUGGUGAAGCUGUUCGAGAUGGAGGUGCCGGAGAUCUACGACGGCACUGUGGUCAUCAAGAGCGCGGUGCGGGCGCCCGGUGAGCGCGCGAAAGUAGCGGUCUACAGCCGUGAGCGCGAUGUCGACCCGGUCGGCGCCUGCGUCGGCAUGAAAGGCUCCAGAGUGCAGUCCAUCAUCCGCGAGCUGCGCGGCGAGAAGAUCGACAUCAUCGAAUACAGCGACGACCUGGUGACCUUCGCCCAGAGCGCCCUGGCGCCGGCCAAGAUCACCCGCGUCUCGAUCACCCAUCACAGUGACGUGCCUCACCUCGACGUGAUCGUCGAGGACGAGCAGCUGUCGCUGGCGAUCGGCAAGCGCGGCCAGAACGUCCGCCUGGCUGCCGAGUUGAUCAUCGCCAAGAUCGACAUCAAGAGCGAGUCUGACGUCAAGGACGAGGUCGCCGAUGCACUGGCCAAGAUGCUGCAGGUGGCGAUGGACGAGAGCAGCCCGGCCAGCGAGCCGAUGAGCGACGACACCGAAGUCGACUGGGAGUCGGUGCCGGGAGUCAGCAGCGCGGUCGGCGAAGCUCUGAAGGCGGCAGGGUUCGUCGAUCUCGGAGCUGUGCUCGACGCCCGUCCCGAUGCCUUGGCGGCGGUCGAAGGGGUCGGCCCCAAGACGGUCGCGGCGAUUCGCGAAUGGGCCAACACUCAGGCCGGCUUGGAAGAUUCCAGCAGCCUCGACUUGGAGCUGCCCGAAGCCAGGCCAGCUACCAGCGGCUCGAUGGGCGAAGACGAUUUCAUGGCCGCCCUCAAUCAAGCGAUGAAAGAAAGCGGUCACCUAGAGGCCGAAGAGGCCGCUGCCAGCGAACAGAAGCAGGCUGCCGAGGAGGCACUCGCCAACCUCGACACCACCAAGGACACCGCUGGCGACAGCGAAGAAACGAGCGACUAA